CAUUUUGAAUUCAUUUUUGUAGGAUGAAGAAAUGCAAGAAGACAUAAAAGCUUUCAGGCAUGAGUCUAAUGUUUCUCCCCUGAUCACAAAAGUGCCGAAAGAGUACAGUAGAUUGGAGAGGCUUGAAGCAGGUCUUUCAAGAACUCGAGCUGCAAUAAGAGAAGCUGCUCGGAACUGGAAUCAAACACCUGAUCAAGAUUAUGUCCCUCAAGGUCCCAUGUACUGGAAACCCCGUGCCUUUCACAGGAGUUAUUUGGAAAUGGAGAAACAAUUAAAGGUGUUCAUCUAUGAAGAAGGAGAGCCACCAGUGUUCCACAAUGGACCUUGCAAAAGCAUAUAUUCCAUGGAAGGAAAUUUCAUUAACAUGCUAGAGAUGGAUAGCCAGUUCCGAACCAGAGACCCAGAAAAGGCUCAUGUUUUCUUCCUCCCUUUCAGUGUGACGAUGAUGGUCCGAUACGUCUAUGUAGCUAAUUCCCAUGACAUUGCCCCAAUCAAGAGGACAGUUAUCGAUUAUGUAGAUAUCAUCUCCAAAAAAUACCCUUUCUGGAACCGUAGCCUUGGUGCCGACCAUUUCAUAGUCGCUUGCCAUGAUUGGGGACCAAUUUCAUCCACAUUCGUUCCCCACCUGUACAAGAACUCAAUCCGGGCUCUCUGCAAUGCAAACACUUCGGAGGGAUUCAACCUCAACAAGGACGUUUCCUUACCAGAAAUCCAUCUCAGAACUGGUUUGAUGAAUGACUUAAUUGGUGGCCCAUCGCCAUCUCGCCGGCCUAUACUCGGAUUCUUUGCAGGAGGGAGGCACGGUCCAGUCAGGCCAGUGCUUUUUGAGCACUGGAAGAACAAAGAUGAAGACUUGCAGGUGUUUGAGUAUUUGCCUAAAGGAAUAUCUUACAUAGAUAAGAUGAGGCAGAGCAGGUUCUGCCUCUGCCCAAGUGGAUAUGAAGUUGCCAGCCCAAGAAUUUUGGAGUCAAUCUAUGCGGGUUGUAUACCAGUUCUGAUAAAUGAUCACUUCGUGCCUCCCUUCAAUGAUAUUCUCAACUGGAAGACAUUCUCAGUGGUGUUUCCUGUAGAAGAUAUACCAAAUCUCAAGAAGAUAUUGAUGAGUAUAUCUUCGAGACAGUACAUAAGAAUGCACAGGAGGCUGAUACAGGUGAGGAGACAUUUCGAGUUGCAUUUCCCUCCCAAGAGGUUUGAUGUCUACAACAUGAUUCUUCAUUCUAUCUGGCUUAGAAGAUUGAACGUUCGCAUUCGUGAUUCGUGAUUCAUUAUUCACAUGAUCAAAGAUAAUAAUAAGUCUUUUACUCAUCUGUUGUAAUUUUGAAGAAAUUAAGGAAAAAUCUUUAUUUGUUUCCAAAA